UAUGUAAUUAGCAUUUAGCUCCCAAAAAAAAAAGAAAAAAGGUUUUUGUGAACCUCCCUCGAGAAAAGGAAUAUCAUUUACAAAUUUAUUUGCUCUAUUUCGCACGUCCAGAGAGAGAGGGAGGGAGGGAGAGCGGCGAGCAGGAGAGGAGGAGGAGGAAGGCCUCCGGAGAGAUCUUGUCAGAUCGUGAGCCAAAUCUUCACAUUCUCAGCUGACUGUGUGUCAUGGGGAGGGAAGUUACUGGCAUUCAUGUUGCGGCCUCGAGGUCAAAUGGUAUCGCAGCGACUUCAAAUGGCAGUUCCAAUGAUAAAGUUCAUGUUUCUCCAAGAAUUGCUGGAGUUAAGGUUGAAACAAAGGAUCAUGAGGUAAUGGAAUGUACAGAAGUUAAUUCUUGUAUUAACAAAUGUGAUGACAAAAAGGAUUUCUUGAGUGCUAAAAGCACAAGCCAGUUUGCUGACUUCACCGAGGAGAAGAAUGAGAAAUCAGAAGCACAGAAGACGGGUGACAGUAAAAAGCUCGGUUCACCUGCUACAAGAUCUACAGCUGUAGAAUUGGAACCUACAAGCCACUCUAUUCCACUGUCAUCUGAUCUGGCUGCUGAAAAGAAUGGCUCUGACACGCAGAGCGUUGGUACUGAAGCUCUUAUGACUGGUUUGAACAUGUCACCAAAUGCUAACAACACACAUUCAGCAAAUUCAACAAAGCAUUUGCGGACAAACUCAACUUUUUCAUCAAGGAAAUCCUUGCUAUAUGAUGAUAAGAAGCACCAUGACGAUGAUGAUAAUUGGUCUGUUGCUUCCUCUAGUGCUGCAUCUGCCCAGACAGCUAGAUCUAGGGUAACUGUAGGUUCAGCCCCUACAUUUAGAUGCUCGGACCGUGCAGAGAAACGGAGGGAGUUUUAUCUGAAGCUAGGGGAGAAACAUCGAGCUCUUGAAGAAGAAAGAAACCAAUACAAAGCACGGCAGAAGGAAGAGGAAGAAGCAGCCAUCAAGCAAUUGAGGAAGAACUUGGUAAUCAGGGCAAAUCCGGUACCAAGUUUCUACUAUGAAGGACCUCCUCCCAAGGUUGAACUUAAGAAGCUGCCACUGACUCGGCCAAAGUCACCAAAACUGUCGAGGAGAAAGAGCUCUGGUGAUGCUUUCGGCUCAUCAUCGGAAGUUUGCUCUCGGCAACAACGUCACAGCCUUGGUAGUCGGAAAGAGGCAUCAAACAGCCCUGUCACUCCGAAAACUAAGGAGCAGGUUCUUGGACGUAAGAACAAUGGCAGCUGCGAAAAGUCAAAAGUGGGCAAGGAAGCAAAAUCAGCCCCUCCUAAAAUCACCCAGCAGACAAAUGCCGACAUAUCAGUCCACUGAUGAGCGUUCUUCAAGUUUUAGCUGACCUCCCCGUUGAGGGGAAAAUAGCCUUCAUUUUCUUUUCAUCCGGACUGACUUGUUAAGUGGGUUGUGUUGAAUUGUAUAUGUUCUGUAAGUUAUAUUGGGACACAUCUUGUUAUAUAUAAAGAUAGAGUUAUGAUCUAAUAUGCCCUGCAUGUGAUAUUCCGAAUACUGGCCUUGCCAUUUGGUAAGUAGAGAGUAGUGUAAGAAUAUUCCGGAUGCUUUAGUGUUAUCUGAGUGCAAAAACUAGUCUGCGGUGUAUUUUUCUUCGUGUCAGAAACUAGAUUAUCUAGAAAGGAGCUGUAUUGGAUUGUUAUCA